AAGUCUUCACUUCUCCCCUUGCACUACUCCUAUGUCAUUCUUUUAUACGCUAUUAGCGGUUUAAUAAUUCACUCGAGCGUAAAAAUUUUAGAAAUAGGUGUAGGUACAGUAAGGAGGACGAAGCAAAUGCGACAGCGCGACAGGACAAAGCUGCAACAUCGAGGCUUUUCUUGAAAAAUGGUACAUAUGAAUCGCUGUGGUACAAUCUUGUACCCCGAACGCAAUUAUUAUAUCGUUAAGAUGCGGCCUGAAACAACCUCUGUUAACAGCAGGUGAUCUGAGCAGGACACUGAGUUUACAAACUUUCGCGGAGAUCAUUAAAGCAUCCGUUUCAUAUUAAACAGUUAUGCAAUAGCCUUGAACGUUACUAGAUACGACUUAGGUUCGACCGUCAACUAUCAGUCUCGAAUAUAACUUGCGUUUCAUAUUUAAAUAUACAUUCAAACUGUAAACCAUCUUGCACAGUACUGACGUAAAUAAAGUGUUAGAAAAGUUCGAAGUGCUAUAUUGACAGAGUAAUACAUUUGAAAUGCAUUAGUGUAUGUAUCGAUUUAUAUAAUGAUAGAAGAGUGUUCCUUCUUGAGUGAAUCUUUAACAAUGCACUCUCUAACAGCGAGUUGCAUAUUGCAUGCUUAUAUAUAGCACGAAUGUCGUGCACUCUUAUAGUUAAACCGACAAAAGAGACAUUUCUGCCAUUUCACCCCUAACGUGUCAACCGACAUAGACUGCAUUUAUUUCAGUUAUGGACUUUGUCACAUUCGAGAAACGAUACUUUAGAGUCACGAAAAAGUUCGGCCAAUGUGCAGGGAUAUGGCCUGAUCAAAAUAAACGUGUAAAGUGCAUAGCGUGGAUCCUUAUUUAUAUCGAAAUGGUGUCGAUUGUAGUUGUUCAGAUAACAAGAAUCGUGCACUUCAAGAAUAUGAACAUUUUCUUAGACACUCUGCCUAUACUAGCCUCGCAUGUUUUAUUAUCUGUUAAACAGGGAAAUUAUAUUCUCAAUGCAAGAGAGUUCAAGUGGCUCUUAAAGGGCAUGUAUCAGGACUGGACUGUUAAUCGAUCAGACCCCGAAAUCGCUAUUAUGACGAAGUAUUUGAAAAGGGGUGCUUUGCUUACGAUGUUUUAUUUAGCGAACGCAUUCAUCUGCACUAUACUGUUCCUGCAAGUACCAUGGACAGUGCGUCUCAUAGCACGGCUGAAAUCCUAUAACACGACGCCGAUGAUAUAUAUUAUACCGAGCUAUUAUUUUGUUGACGAUGCCGAUAUUUUUUACUAUGCUCAAGUGCAUGGCAGCCUGUGUAUAAUAUCUGUGCUCAUUGUGUACGGAGCUUGCGACACGAUUUUCACGAUCAUCGUACAACACGCUUGUGCAUUAUUGGCUGUAGCUGGAUAUCGAUUCAAACACAUCGAGCCCUCUGCAUCCAACGCUGCUAAAAACUCGGAGAAACAGAUGACAAGUAUUGAAAGAGUACACUUUUCCAUACAAGCACAACAGCGAGCUAUAAAGUAUGUCCAGGAAAUAGAAAAUACACAUACUACGUAUCUUUUCUUAUGCAUUGGUAUAGUGAUUUGCGGCUUUAGUGUUACAUUAGUACAGUUGACCACUAUGGAGGUUAACAUGGACUUUUACAAAGUCCUCAGCUUUUUGAUCGCGCAGUUAAUGCAUCUAUUUUACCUAACGAUCCAAGGCCAGUUCGUGGAAAAUGUUUGUGAUACACUUUACAGAAACAUAUACGAAGGAUUGUGGUAUAACACAAACGCGAAAACACAAUUACUAUACGUCUUAGCGUUACGGAGGAUGUUAAUACCACCUCGUUUGACAGCCGGCGGACUCAUAAAUAUGAAUAUGGAAAGCUUUUCAGAAGUGAUAAAGGCAUCUGUUUCAUAUUAUACAGUACUGAGAUAAAUACAUAAACGAAAUGAUCGAAAUUCUGGUGCUCUAUACGGCGUACACGUCAGAAUGAUGAUUCGUUUAUAUUAUCGUUGAAGGACAGACCAAUAAAAUUCUUUUCAUAGUGUUCAAAUUAACAACAAAUUAUUUAAUGUUAAAAUUAAUGUUUGUAAGUAAUUACAAAGCUAAUUCUCGUCUGCAGAAAUUUUUAAAUAGUAGCGAACAUGUGCGUAAUUAUUGUUAAUCGUGCAUUACACACAUUAUUGGGUAUUUAUGAAUUUUGUUGUAAUUACAUACCUAGAGCAAUGCGGAUUGCGAGAAUAUAUUGUCAUAAAUGUGUUGGCAGCAUUAUUUCACCAAUAAAUAUACAAACGAGUAGUAAACUAUUUA